AUGAGCGAUCUGAAGAUGAUCAUCAACCUUCUGAAGGAUCGACGAUUCAACAUUAACCUAUAUAAAGGGAGAGGCAAUCCUGAUGCAGUGACAGACCUUCUCAACGUUGCUAUUGAUUCGGGAUGGUCUGGACUGGCAUUUCCGACAAAAGAGGCCGAGAAAGACUUUAAUGCCGAUGUUGACAGGCUUUCUGAUCGGGUCAAGAAGAUCUUUGUGUCGAUUCAAGACUCAGGCGCGUCUCACCUCAAGCGGACUUUGGCGAAGGAGGCCCUCGAAACUUUGCACUACCGCAUCAUCUAUUCUGUGAGGUCCAAACCGCCUCCGAAGAAAACAUUGCUUGGUCAUUACGGAACUGAAGAUGGACGCGCCAAAUAUAAUUUGAAGCAAUGGAUCGAGGUGAGGAGUCGGGAAGACAAGAAAGAUACCCAGAUGCCUAUUCGAAGUCAUGAACAUCCUUCUUGA